CUUCGCCUGCGUCCUGAAAAGUGUAAGCGAAGCAGCAAAUCGACUUCGAUUUUGUAUAUUUGUCGCUUGAGAUAUUACUCGUACUCGACAGAUUGUACUGCUGCUCUGUGUCUUUGUUGUUGUUUCGAUCGUGGUUUGAUAUGAGCUACCGCGAGGAGCAGCGGCGGGGCGCCGCCGUGGCGGGGAAGACCGCGCGCGCCUGUGACGGGUGCGCGCGCCGCCGCCGCGCGCGGUGGUACUGCGCGGCCGACGACGCGUUUCUUUGCCAGACUUGUGACUCGUCCGUCCACUCAGCCAACCCGCUCGCCCGCCGCCACCGCCGUCUGCGGCUCAAGUCUUCUUCUUGCUCCUUCGGCGGCGCAGCGCUGGACGUGGACGAUGAGGAGGAGGGUUUUGAUGUGCCCACGUGGCUCCGGGGGUUCAAGCGGAAGGCUCGGACCCCGCGGCAAGGGAAGAAAGAGGCGGCGGCGGCGCAGAGACCGCCGGAGCUCGCCGAAACGUCGCCAUCGAUCGAGGAGGAGCAGCUGCUCUACUGCGUGCCGGUGUUCGACCCCUCCCUGGCGGAGUUACGCUCUGCUUCGCCUGGGAUCGAUGAGGCGAAGCGGCUGGCUACCUCGGACGGCAUUGCACCUGCUUCCGCUUCCACCGUCGAAGCCGGUGACCGUUUUGCUGCGUACCUGCCGUCGGACGUGGAGCUCGCGGAGUUCGCGGCCAAAAUGGAAAGCCUCCUCGGCGAGGCGAGCGCAGACGACUCGGCUUUCUCAAUGGAGAAGCUCGGGCUACUCGACGCUGCUGCAAUGAGAUGUGACAACAACGGCAGAGAGGAAUUGAAAACAGAGCAGGCCGAGGAGGAAGCGGAGCAGUACUGCCCGGCGGUCGUCGAGCUGGACAUCGACAUGGCGAGGGAGUCGCUGGAGUUGGACUUCAACUGGCCAGGCUCGUCGUCGACGGCAGAAGAGGACGAGUUCGAGGAAGCAAUACCAGAGGACCAACAAGAAGAAACGAAGACGGCGAAGCUUAGGCUGGACUACGAGGCGGUCAUCUCCGCAUGGGCCGUCCAUGGAUCCUCGCCGUGGACCGACGGCGAGCGGCCGCAGAUUAAUCUAGCGAGCUGCUGGAACGACUACAUGGGAGGAGCAUGGGGGGAUGGUAGAGUGAUGGGAAGCGGCGGCGGGGGGCGGGUGGGGGUGGACGAAGGGAGGCAGGCAAGGGUGAGUCGUUACAGGGAGAAGCGGCGGACGCGGCUGUUCGCUAAGAAGAUACGGUACGAGGUGAGGAAGCUGAACGCGGAGAAGAGGCCGAGAAUGAAGGGGAGGUUCGUAAAGCGAGCUCCGGCCGCCUUCCUCCACUGAUCGGAUUUUUUACGAUGGGGAGUGUACUUAAUAAGUCGACUUUGAAAUUAAAGAUUAAAAGUUUUCCUAGGCAAAUUCAACCAUUGCAAAAUUGUGGGAGUGAAGUUAAAUUUAAA